AUGAGUUCCUUGGUUAUAAAUUCUUCAGGAGAUGGCAGUAGUGCAGGCUUCGACCUCAUUCAAAACCGCAUCGAAAAUCUGAGCAGCAAGAUGGACAAGCUGAUCCACAUUCAAGAAAGGGUCCUCAAUCGACUAGAUGGAAUGUCUCAAGACAUUGACAUCAUUGAGCAGGAUAUGGAGAAUUUGAAGGUUGACAAAGAGGAAAUCCACCUUCCUCCCAGAGUAGUGAACCAAACUCAGGUGAUGGGGCGAGAGGUGAGGGAGAUCUGCCAGGAGAUGAGCACCAUAAUGUCAGUGGUCAACCAGCGAUCCGAGCAGCAGGCUCAGAAACUGGAGGGAAUGGAAAAACUGGUCCUUAGCAUGCAGCAGGUGAUCAGCUUCAUUGGGGAGACGGUGAAGAGUUCAAAAGUUAUGGAGAUGAUGUUCAAAGGCCCUGCCGCUCGCAAGGGCUCCAAACACAAAGACAGCAAAGGAAAAAAAGCUAUUAAGAAGAAAUCAUCCACAGAGGCUAUAAAUAGGAAGCUUGAAAAGAAAGCUGCCUCUUAUAAGGCCAGUAGAAGGAAACAAGAGAUAGUACCUGCAUGUGAGCCCAGUUGUCUGCAUUCCAAUCACAAGAUAAAACUCCAUGGACCAAAGCAUUUCCUCGCCUCACGUAAAUGUGGAAACUUUUUAAAGGACCACAAAGAUGGGGCAGAAAAGCCCUGUUUGAUCCACAGGAGUUUGAAAGCUCAAAAGAAGAUGAAGCCUCCAGAUUCAACAGAUGUGUCACUGAAGAAGCAGGCUCUGCUUCUUGAAGAGGUGCAGAAGCUCAACAAAGAUAACGCUGAGAAAUCAAGCUACCAGCUCACCCCUCUGGAGAUGACUGUGCCCCCCAAAGACCAACAGCCUGAUUCUGCUGCUUGCAACCUGGUGGAAUACCUGCGUGAAGACUCCCAAGUGGCUUUGACAGAGAAACUCAAAGCUGCAGAGGCACUUAGUGAGGCAGAGGAAGUUGAUGAGGAGCCUGAGGAAAAAGCAGCAGUUACAGAGAAAGAAACCAAGCCUGAUGUGGAAGAUGUAGAGCAGCAAAAAGAAGAUGAAAAGCUCAAAGUCCAAGAGGAAUCACAGCAAGAGGGAGUUUCUGCAGAUGGAGUCUCAAAGGUCCCUGUUCCCCAUGAAGAUGAAAAGGAAGUGAUUUCUACCAGUGACAAUGACAAAGAUGCAAAACCAGAGACUGAAGAGCAUCAGAGUUUUGUGACCCAGGAGAAAUGUGUCCUGGAAGAAGACCCGACGAGCCAGGUGAUUCAGGAUGAGGAGGAUAGGAAAGAUGCCAGUGAGGAGGAUGAGGAGAAGACUGAAUCUGAGAGCUGGGCUAUCUUCAAAGCGGAUGGAGUGGAACUGCAGUUUAACCUCAAACAAAGAAUGGAGAGAAAGGAAAACGAUGAGGGGAAUGAUGAUGAAAAAAGGCAUUAUGAUGAGAAUGCUGAGAAGUUCUUCAUUGACACAACAGCUCCUGCAGUGGCUCCUUUCAAUCACCGCAUUGUGUCGGCCAAGCCCAACCAGAUCAGGAACUUCUACACCAUCAACUGGCAAGAGGUCCUGGGCGGAGGUCGUUUUGGCCAGGUGCACAAAUGUGUUGAGAAUUCCUCAGGUCUCACUUUGGCAGCGAAAGUCAUUAAAGCCAGGAGUCAGAAAGAAAAGGAGGUGGUGAAGAAUGAGAUCCAGGUCAUGAAUAAUUUGGACCAUGCCAACCUGAUCCAGCUCUAUGCAGCUUAUGAGUCAAGGAAUGACAUCAUCCUUGUACUUGAAUAUGUUGGUGGAGGGGAGCUGUUUGACAGGAUUAUUGAUGAAAACUACACUUUAAUGGAGCUGGACGCUGUGGUAUUCAUCAGGCAGAUCUGCGACGGCCUGCAGCACAUGCACAAAAUGUCCAUCCUGCAUCUGGACUUAAAGCCAGAAAACAUUCUGUGUGUGAGCAGAGUCACCAACAAAGUUAAGAUCAUCGACUUUGGUCUUGCCAGGAUAUAUAAACCAAGGGAGAAAUUGCGAGUGAACUUUGGUACUCCAGAGUUUCUUGCCCCGGAGGUCAUCAAUUACGACUUUGUGUCCUUUAACACAGACAUGUGGAGUCUCGGCGUCAUCACCUAUAUGCUUCUGAGUGGCCUAUGUCCUUUUCUCGGGGAUGAUGACAAUGAGACUCUUAACAACAUCUUGGCCUACUCCUCAUUACAAAUAAAAGUUGGAGGAUGGGAGCAAGUGAGGCAUUAA